GAAAAACUUUAGAACUUGGUGUAUUUGAUCCAGCAUACGAAUAUACGAUGCAGAACCAAACAGACAAAAAGGCAACGAAAUUUGCAAUGCACUGAGUCUUGUAUAAUCCAACUUAAUUACGUAGGCGCUUACAUCACCAAUAAAGCGAUGUAACGUGCAUAUAAAUAUCGUACAGUAACCAAGUUCAAGUGAAUUAUUCGGUGUACCAUAUCAUCCACAAGAAAUAUGGCACCCCAAGAACCACAACACCACUUUGUCUUAUUUCCAUUGAUGGCCCAAGGCCACAUGAUACCCAUGAUGGACGCUGCAAAAAUAUUGAUGGAGCACAAUGUUAUUGUGACAGUAGUCACAACUCCACAUAAUGCAUCACGUUUCACAUCGAUCGUUGAUCGUUAUACUCAAUCUGGAUUUCAUAUUAAUAUAGUUCAACUUCAAUUCCCAUGUAAAGAAGUUGGAUUACCAGAUGGGUGUGAGAACCUUGAUAUGCUACCUUCACUUGGCACAGCAUUGAGUUUCUUCAAUGCAACAAACUUUCUACGCCAACCAGUGGAGAAACUAUUUGCAGAGUUAACACCACAACCAAGCUGCAUAGUUUCUGAUAUGUGUUUGUCAUAUACAAUCCACAUUGCUAGGAAAUUUAACAUUCCCAGGAUUUCUUUUGUUGGAGUAAGUUGUUUCUAUCUCUUAUGUCUGCAUAAUUUACAAAUCUAUAAUGUUUUGGAGAGCGUAAGUACUGAAUCAGAGUACUUUGUAAUGCCUGGUAUCCCUGACAAAAUUGAAAUGACCUUAGCCCAGACAGGACUAUCAAAAAAUGAAAGCUGGAGACAAUUUUCUAAUGAAAUGUUUACAGCUGAAAAGGGUAGUUAUGGGAUAAUCAUGAAUUCUUUUGAAGAGUUGGAACCAGCAUAUGCAAGGGGUUACAAGAAGGUCAGAAAUGAUAAAAUGUGGUGUAUUGGACCACUAUCACUUAGUAACAAGGUUCACUUAGAUAAGGCUCAAAGAGGUAACAAGGCCUCAAUUGACGAGUGUCAAUUGAAGUGCUGGCUUGAUUCUCAAAGUCCGAGGAAUGUAAUCUAUGCAUGCCUUGGAAGCCUAUGCAAUUUAACGCCACCACAAAUGAUGGAUCUUGGUUUAGCCUUAGAAGCGUCAAAAAGACCCUUCAUUUGGGUCAUCAAAGAAGGAAGUAAAUCAGAAGGAUUGGAAAAAUUGAUUAAGGAAGAUGGAUUUGAGGAAAGGAGCAGCGGUAGGAGCCUUCUAAUUCGGGGUUGGGCUCCUCAAAUACUAAUAUUAUCACACCCUUCUAUUGGAGGGUUUAUAACGCACUGUGGUUGGAACUCUACCAUAGAAGCAGUAUGUGCUGGUGUGCCAAUGAUUACAUGGCCAUUAUUUGGAGAUCAAUUUGUGAAUGAGAGUUUAAUUGUGCAGAUAUUAAAGAUUGGAGUAAAGGUUGGGGUGGAAAGUCCUGUUAAAUGGGGCGAAGAAGAGGAAAUUGGUGUGUUAGUGAAGAAAGAAGAUGUUGAAAGGGCAAUAGUUAAUUUGAUGGAUGAGACAAGCGAAAGUGAAGCAAGAAGAAAAAGAAUUAGAGAGCUAGCAGAGAAGGCUAAAAAAGCUGUAGAAAAAGGGGGAUCCUCUCACACUAAUGUGACCUUGUUUAUUGAAGAUAUCAUGCAAAAAGUUAAUAAGACAGAGAUAUGAUUUUCUCGUUUGCCAAAAACCAAUUUAGAGUAAAAUACCUCACCUUGUAGCUUUUCAACAACUACCUAUCUAAGAAAAAUCAAUGUCAUUAGCAGGAUGUGAAUUGAUUAGUAGCACAGAGGACAUGUCAUUUUCAUUUUAUGGUAUCAAAGCAAGGAAUAUUGGUUGGGACAGUUUUGUGAUAAGGUCCAAGACGCAGAGGUUGUUCCACGAGAAGAUAAGAACUUCAUGGAUGAGAAGGUAGCAUUAGCAGAUGGGCUAGAUGAUGCAAAGCCAGGAAUAGGCAGAAACCAUUUGGAUGCUUGACUACUUAGUGCCUAAUAUUAAAUGUAAGGACAAGGGCAAGUAAGAAAAAUACUAAGAGAAUAUUGUUACAUUGUUAUUUUUUAUUUUUUUUUGUCUUUUCUCAAUUCUUCUAAAUUAAUUAUGCUAACAUUUAUAUAUGUGUUUAUAAAGAAUAUUAUGGAUAACAAAAAA